ACAAGAAUGGUUAAUGAGGGUGAAAAAUCAAAAUGCUGGUACAAUAGCGACACACAAUAAUCAAUAAUUAGGGUCCCUAAUUAAUUUGACAAAAUUGAAAGGAGACAAGAAACUUGCUGUAGGUUUUAAAUAUGACUUCCCAUUACACGUGAAUCAGUUGUUAUGUGUUUACGACUACAAAGUACGAACUCCACAUUCUAUCUUCUUCAUCAGCAAUCAACAACCGGCAAACGGCAAUCGGCAAUCGGCAAUCGGCAAUCAGCAAUCAGCAAUCAGCAAUCCGCUCCAGGAACCUGAGGGUUGUUGGUGGUUUGCUUGGAUUGCUGAUGUCUGACUGUCAGAUAUAGUUGCUCAAAGAUUUCAAAGAUGACCAUGCCUCGCCACAAUGGCACACAUUUUCUAGAUGUGGCUUUGGCCCAUGAGAAAUGCAAAGACUACUUUCUUUUUAGAAGUGAAAUAUAUCUAGGAGAUGGAAUGCGAACAACCUUGUACUUUAUGGGUAUAGCUUAUUGUUUCAUUGGAUUAUCAGCCAUUACAGACAGAUUUUUUCGCUCCAUGGAGAAUGUAGUUAAGCAAACUCGUAAAGUGGUCGUAAUUGAUCCUCUCACUAAGGUUGAAACUGUUAAGUAUGAGAAGGUGUGGAAUUAUACAAUUGCAGACAUCGCUCUUCUGGCUUUUGGUACCAGUUUCCCCCAAAUAUCUUUAGCUACCAUUGACGCUAUAAGGAAUCUUGGAAGCCUUUAUGCUGGAGGCUUGGGUCCUGGAACUCUGGUAGGUUCUGCUGCAUUCGACCUAUUCCCAAUCCAUGCUGUUUGUGUGGUCGUCCCGAAAGCUGGAGAACUGAAAAAGAUAUCUGAUAUAGGAGUCUGGUUGGUUGAGUUAUUUUGGUCCUUUUGGGCUUACAUAUGGUUAUACAUAAUCCUGAAGGUUUGGACUCCCAAUGUAGUUACUCUAUUGGAGUCAAUCUUGACAGUGUUGCAAUUUGGCUUACUGCUAUUAAAUGCAUAUGCUCAGGACAUGCGCUGGCCUUACCUAUCUCUUCCUUUCUCAAGAUCUGAGAGGCCUGAGGAGUGGGUCCCUGAAGAGGUGUCACCACGUAAAAAUGAAAGCCUCAGAGAAGACUCUUUUGAUUUUUCUCAAGUUGCUGACUAUGAAGACAGAAAUAUUGUUGACAUCUUUUCCAUUCACGCAGACAAUGAGGCAGUACAACUUUCAGGUCCUUCAUAUCAAUCCCUGCCUCCAGAUGAAGUGGCCGAGUCAAUCGCUGAACAAGCUCUGAGAAGCGUAAAAGCAGACGAUGUUAGUUUCCUGUCACUUUGGAAGCAACAGUUCGUGGAUGCGGUCAUGUUUGAACAUAAAAAGUUGGAGGGUAUCUUUCUAAGGUCGGUUAGAUUUACCUGGUAUUUGCUUCUCCUUCCAUGGAGGGUUAUGUUUGCCUUUGUGCCUCCUUACCGUAUUGCUCAUGGAUGGAUAGCCUUCAUCUGUUCUCUACUAUUCAUUAGUGGAAUAGCUUACAUAGUAACAAAGUUCACAGAUAUGAUAAGCUGCGUGACAGGAAUAAAUCCUUAUGUUAUUGCCUUUACGGUGUUGGCCGCGGGAACCUCUUGGCCAGAUUUAGUGGCCAGCAAGAUCGCUGCCGAGCGUCAGACAACAGCUGACUCUGCUAUUGCAAAUAUCACCUGCAGCAAUUCCGUGAAUAUAUAUGUGGGCAUUGGCAUCCCUUGGCUAAUUAACACAACGUAUAAUUACUUUGCGUACCAUGAACCAUUGAGGAUCGAAAGUGCCGAGGGGCUUAGUUUUUCAUUGCUUGUCUAUUUCUGCACUUCAGUAGGUUGUAUUUCAGUUCUGGUAUUGAGGCGUCUUGUGUUUGGUGCUGAGCUUGGCGGACCUAGGCUUUGGGCAUGGAUUUCUUGUGGGUUUUUCAUGUUUCUAUGGCUUAUUUUUGUUACUCUAUCCUCCCUCAAAGUCUCCGGCCUCCUGUAAUUUGUCAUGCCUAUUAAGGUCUAUUCCAGUUAUGUUAUUCUUUCUACAUUAAAUAUAUUUUCAAUUAUUUCAUCACAAUUUAUAUUUAUAUCGAAAAAUAGAGCUCCAAUUAAGAGUUUUA